UCUCGCUCAUUAUCGUGUACCAGAGGGUCUCCCUGACAGAAAUUUGGACCCUGGCGGCACCGGACCUGGAUCCACACUCGCACAGGAGGCGCAGUUCGGACCCCGCGGUCAUCAUUUGCGGAUUUAACACAAUGGAACCAGCCUUCGGAGAGGUGAACCAGCUAGGCGGUGUUUUCGUCAACGGCAGACCGCUGCCCAAUGCCAUCCGGCUCCGGAUCGUGGAGCUGGCCCAGCUGGGCAUCAGGCCGUGUGACAUCAGCAGACAGCUGCGCGUCUCCCACGGCUGUGUCAGCAAGAUCCUGGCCCGCUACAACGAGACCGGCUCCAUCCUCCCGGGGGCGAUAGGAGGGAGCAAACCGCGGGUCACCACACCCACCGUGGUCAAACACAUACGGACAUACAAGCAGAGGGACCCGGGGAUUUUUGCCUGGGAGAUCCGGGACAGGCUACUCGCCGACGGGGUUUGUGACAAGUUCAACCUACCCUCCGUCAGCUCCAUCAGUCGGAUCCUCCGCAACAAGAUCGGAAAUCUGUCCCAGCAGCACCAGUACGAGUCCAGCAAGCAGGCGCCUCACCCGCCGCCGCAGCCCACGUUGCCUUACAACCACUUAUACUCAUAUCCAAGCCCCAUUGGUGCCACAGGCACCAAGGUGCCCACUCCCCCUGGCAUGCCCACCCUGCCCGGACACAUGGCUAUGCACAGGAUAUGGCCUUCCUCGCACUCAGUCACAGAUAUACUGGGGAUACGGUCUAUAACAGAGCAACAAAUUAGUGACAGUCCAUCCUUUUCCAGCGCCAAACUGGAAGAAUGGGGCGCUAUAAACAGGACUAAUUUCCCACCAGCAGCCUCGGCACUAGUCAGUGGCGUGGAUAAGCCGCGUUUAGAACCCCACGCGAAAUACACACAGACGCCGAAUGGAUUGCCCACAGUGAACAGCUAUGUCACAGCGCCCAGCAUCCCUCCUUACCACCAUCCCACCCAAGUGUCGCCCUACAUGGGGUACAGCGCCACCACGUCGGCCUAUGUGACAGGACCCACAUGGCAGCCAGCCAGUGGCAGUGCUCUAUCUCCCCACAGCUGUGACAUCGCCACCCCACUGGCCUUCAAGAGUAUGACUGCCAACCGCGACGCCAUUCACCCAGUCACCGCCUCAGCACUGUAAAUUCAACCACACCAACAUUGAACAGACAGAGGGAAGGGAGGUGGUGGUGGUACGGUAAAGGGGCUUGGUUUGUGGGACAGGGAAGGGGGAUCGGACAGGAGACGCCAGUUCAUCACCCCCCACCCCACCCUGGUCUGGCCUGGCCUGCAACACCUCAUCGCCAACAUCUCCACUAUACUCCUAUGAAGGAAGGACCAGGCCAAAGGACCCAUGUUUGCCCCCCCCCCACGGCAGUCACUCUGCAUGUGACAACUUGAUGGCCACCUUGACACUGACACACAGGAGGAAACAGUUUUUCAAUGUCAAAUCAUAAACUCAUUCUGUUGUCUGAAAGGACUUGCUGGACAGGUGUACCGGGAAAAGACUGAAAAUGACUGCGAACGUAACGUGGACUUUGCCAUCCGUCUUCCACGAUUCCUCUCAGUUUCAGUACUGCACACUUCUGCAGAUGCCUUUGGGGAGAACGGGGUAACGUAUGACUUCACGAAUAAGCCAUCACAGGAGAGGGGGAAACUAAGUUUGCAUUUAAAAUGUUUUUCAGGGUGCUUUAUCGAUUGCUAUUUUUUUUAAAAUGUUUGUAUGCAUAUUUGUUUUUGAUAAAAGUAACUGUCUUUAUGGAUCAUCGUUUUUUUUCCCCCCGCUUCUCUUAAAAUGUAGCCUAUGCAAGUGCUUGAGCAAGAGAAGUUUAAAUAAUGUUUAUUUAUUGGACUAAGGUACGUUGAACGAAGUGCAAUUAGCCUCACAGACAGCACAGGAAUCUAAAUGAACGUUUAGACAAAAUUGGCGUUGGUCUGAUGCUGGAUUCUAUAGCAUUGACAGUUGAGCUGCCCAGUUCCAAAUGUUGCACAAUGAAAUUGAAUGUAUCUUAUUAAAUUGUUUGGUUGUUU